UAGAGCACCUUUCAAUGGCUGACAACAACAUGUGUUUGUAUGUAGUGCAAUAUGUCUUAUAUUGAAAUUCCGUUUGACGAUUUAGAAUUUUAUGAAUGUAUUGGUUGGGGAUCAUUUGGAUCAGUGUACAGAGCAUUGUGGAAGUCGCAAGAAAGAGUUGUCGCAGUAAAGAAAGUACUUCGCCUGGAUAAUGAAGCAGAGGUUUUAAAGUUGUUAAGUCACAGGAAUAUAAUUCAGUUUUAUGGAGUUCUUAACUCAUCACCUAACUAUGGACUUGUUACAGAAUAUGCUUCUCUGGGAUCUGUUUAUAGCUAUUGUUCUGAUAGCAGUAAAGAAUUACAAUUUGAGCAGAUUGUUAAGUGGGCAACGGAUAUUUCAAAAGGAAUGAAUUACCUUCAUUAUGAAGCUCCAUUCAAAAUCAUUCAUCGGGAUUUAAAAUCCAAGAACGUUGUCAUCGCAUCUGACAUGACUGGCAAGAUUUGUGAUUUUGGAACGUCCAGAGUGGCAACAAAUACAACUCAGAUGUCUCUCAGUGGAACCUUCCCGUGGAUGGCCCCCGAGGUCAUCCAAAGUCUCCCUGUCUCAGAGCUCUGCGAUGUUUUCUCAUAUGGUGUGGUGUUAUGGGAGAUGCUCACACGUGAAGUCCCUUUUAAAGGAAUGGAGGGAGUUCAGGUUGCCUGGUUUGUUGUCACGAAGGAUGAGCGUCUAACAAUUCCCAGUACAUGUCCCAGUCAAUUUGCUGAUCUUAUGAGAAAAUGUUGGGAGAGUGAUCCAAAAAAUCGCCCUAGUUUUAAGGAGAUUAUUCCUACCCUUGAGAAAAUGGACGGCAACGGUUCAUUGAGGGAUGAAACAAAUUCAUUUCUUCGCCAGAAAGACGAAUGGAGGAAGGAGAUAGACUCAACACUGGAAAAACUAAGUCGAAUGGAAAAGAAUUUAAAUCUCAAAGCUAAGGAACUCGAAAAGCGUGAAGAACGUCUGAUACAGCGUGAAAGAGAAUUGGAACAACAAUACGUAGCCAAGGUUGUUAGUAAACAUGACGUGAACGCCUGGAAUGAAGAAGACGUUUUCUUAUGGGUGGAGCAUAUUGGAAUUCAAGUUGGCAACAGAAAUAUCUCAAAUUAUGCCCAACUUUUUGCCGAUAAUAAUAUUAAUGGGAAAAGACUGCUAGUUUUGACUAUUGACGACUUAAAAGAUUUGGGAAUACAAUCCCUGGGCUACAGACUGGAAAUUCUGGACAAAAUAUCAAAGCUGCAGAACGAGAAUGUUCUGAUGCUGCACUUUCCUCCCCUGGAGAAAGGUGAAGCAGUGAACGAUGAGCGUUCGCAGAAAAUAGUCACUUUGACAUUACUGUUUGGUAAUCACUGUCGUAUUGGCAGGACGGUGCAGGAUUGCAAAUGGAAAAUGUAUGCGGAUGUGGAUGUCGACGGUGAUGGACCGUUCCAUUCAUACAUCAAGGACGUUACAUUUAAUUAUCGAUCGUCGGAGCCAAUUGUAUUGAAAAGUCCACCGUACGUGAUGGAACACUGGCAGAAGUGUGGAGAAAAUCCCUGUACUGUUGUUGAAUGCACUGUUAAUUACAGGAAUGAUGUGAAGAAACCUCGAUGUACAAAAUACACUCAUUGUGUACUGCUUCAAGAAGGCGGUGGAACGUACCAACGUACUGCUGAAUUGACACUGAAACAAUCUGUCGUUGGUGUCGCCUCACCUGUAUCACCAUCUCUUUCAAGUGAUGUGUCUUUGGAUUCGUGGCCUAGUCAUCGUAGUCUCACUAACAGCACCUCGUCCACAACUAUCGGUACUCCUUUUCUCAGCGCUUGGGAACGAGGCCCGGCAAGUGAGAUUUUGUUUCCGUCAACCAGCUCUCGAGGUCUUGCGACAUCAACAAUGAAUACAACAGUUCGUCGUACAAGUAGCGGCAAUGCAUCGUCGUCGUCACCCAAGCCAGGUUCAUCACCUUGCAAUGCAAAGAAAUCAUAUGUGAGCUCUCCUAAGACACCUUCCCAAAGUAAACAAACUGAGAGCUCCGGCAGGAAUUCACCAUUUGAGUGGACCAGUGUGAAAUCAAAACGAAAAGAAAUUAGCCAGCCCAAUACCAGACCAUCUAAUUCUGGUGCUGGUCAUGCCAGGGGUGGAGGAGGUACAUACAACAGAAGGACUGGAAACAAGUUUGGAAAUCCAGGUGGGGCAAACUGUGGUAGAGACCAAAAUGUCCAAUUUGGCAGAAGUGUCAGUGACAAUACCAGUAAUCGAAAACAUAACGAUUUUGAUUCUGUUAGAAGGACAGCUAGUGAAGGUAGUCGCCGCAGAAGGUGACACACGAUUGUAGUUCGAUGGCGGGUCAAGUUUGUCGUAACACCAGUGACAGUUAAAAUGAAUGGCGGGGGGGGGGGAGCAACUGGGG